AUGGAUAAGAGGAAUGAGUCUUUGAAUAUGGAUUUUAUCCUCUUAGGCCUCUUCCCUGGUAUGAAACAUGGCAACUUACUUGUCUCUGCCAUCCUCCUGAUCUACAGUGUGGCUCUUACCACAAAUUCCAUCCUUAUUCUCCUGAUAUGGGUAGAUUCUCAACUUCACACACCGAUGUACUUCCUCCUCAGCCAGCUUGCUCUCAUGGACCUGACAUUAAUCUCUAGUGUUGUACCCAAGAUGGCAACUGAUUUCAUCUCAGGAAGAAAAAAUAUCUCACGUGUGGCCUGUGGAACCCAGAUCUUCUUCCUGACUCUAGGAAUUGCUGAGUGCAUCCUCAUAACCCUCAUGUCCUAUGACCAGUAUGUGACCAUCUGCAACCCUCUGAGAUAUGCCCUCAUAAUGAGUAAAAGGGUCUGUGUUCAGAUGGCUGUCAUUUCCUGGGUUGGGGGUGUCUUAACAUCACUAGUACACACAGCUUAUGCCAUACAUUCCCCUACCUGUGGUUCCAGAGAGAUGUCACAUUUCCUCUGUGAGGUGAUGGCCAUCCUAAAGUUGGUCUGUGAAGACAUCUCUGCAUAUGAGAAGGCUGUGGUGAUGACAAGCAUUGUAGUGCUCUCAUUCCUUUAUCCUUUAUCCCUUAUCCUCUCCUCUUAUGCUCUCAUCUUGCUGGCUGUACUCUGAAUAAACACUCAUGAAGUCAGAAACAAAGCCCUGGCCACAUGUUCCUCCCACUUGACUGUUGUGGGCCUCUAUUUUGGUCCAGCCACGCUUGUCUACAUGAGGCCCAGCUCUUACCACAAUCCCAAACUAUACCAGGUUCUAUUUAUGCUUGGUGCCAUCCUCACCCCCAUGUUGAACCCCCUCAUAUACAGUCUGAGGAAUAAAGAGGUUAUGAUUGCUCUGAAAAGGGUACUGAUACACUUCCAACCUUCAAGCUAUACCACAUAG